GGAGAGCCCGUCACGUGCUCUCGGUCGCGCAACGCCACACCACCUCCCUCUCUCUGCUGCAACGUGCCGGUCCUUCACCUUAAGAUCACCUCAUGUGUGGUCAUCUGUCCAGUUGAAUUCAUAGCAAGAAGCCGGACUACGCAAUGCGCAAAGUGGUAAAUAUAGUCAGAGUGCCUCGCGCUCUCACUACUCCUCCGCUCUUUCCCGCACUACUGUGCAAGCAAAGCUCCCACAAACGAUCAGCACAGCCAACAUAAGCACGGAACUGUGGCUCUAAGCGCUGGCAACAUGAUCAAUAGCCUGGAACCUGGCGUCGCUGACUUAGAAGCUUCCUGUGCGACGGUCGAAUAGUCAAAUUCCGAGUCAACGCAGCACCGGUGUUCAUGACUGACCACAUACAACGCCCUCCUGUACCCGAGCGUCUCCUGUCCAUGCAGCACGCUCGAACAUGGCUAAUGAUGGGGACGUUCUCGAUGAUUCUCUACGGAAACUAAACACUGCCUACGACAUCCAGUCUGUUUUGAUCACGCUGAAUCUGGCCUGUGAGCAAAGUGAAGCGCGACAUCAAGAUGUCAGCGGGUAUCUUCAUCUCCUCACUCCCGCCACUCUUGAGUCGAUCGACGGGCUGCUUAUAGAGUAUUGUAAGAACCACAUGGGCCGAAACGUCUCUGCUAGUGUGAGCAGGCUUCACCGUACGGGCUGGCUGCGGCCUCAUGAAAUCGUCGCGAGGUUUGGGACCAACGCCUUCAGAUCCGAGCGGUUCCUUGCUAGCCUCAAGAAGCUCUCGCAGGUGGCCACAUUCGACACGGUCUACCCAAUCAUGCGAGCGGCCCGCAACGAGCGCGCAACAGAUGGUGACUCCGUUGCUCGGUGGACGGCCAAAGACGCCGACACUACCAUAGGACGCUUGAGUGCUCAGCUUAGUGGGCUGGACAGAGGCUUGAGAGCGAAAAGCACGAAGCCGAAGAGUAUGUCAGCAGCGCCGUUGUCCGCAUCGAAUGGCGGGUUGACAACAGGCGGUAAAGUGACAACCGUCGGACCAGCAGCCUCACUACCCCAAUCGCCGUGGCCAUCUGCACAUGCUCACACUACCCCUGUACGUGCUCGUACAGUCACGCCUUCGGAACCUGACGACCAGGUUCAUUUGGAGACCUCCGACAGAUCCAUCGAGCAAGGCCGUGGUGUUGAAGAACCUGGCAACGACCAUCAAUUUGACUUCCACGAUGAGAGCGGCAUGUUCGCACCGGCCGAAUACAGCGAUGACGGCUCGUAUGAUGAACCGGAUAUGGAGCUGGAGUCGCAUUGUGGGAUCCUGGACAAUGCGAGCUUUGAACAGAUAGGUGCCGUACUGCCGUCUCCGGUUGAGUCGUCGAAAGCUCUCCUGGAUAGACCGAGUAUCGUUCCAGACACGAGGCCAAAUGACCUUGGAAAUACGGGCGCACGGAAGCGGCGCGCUUCGUCCGAUGACAUUCUCCGCCUACAACCCAAGCGUUCCCGCACUGAUGAUGAACCUACAGCUGUGCCGCGUCCCGUGACGUCGGUCGGCACAAGCCGAGAUCGCAGUGCUCCUGUCGCGAGGGCUGGUGACGACGGCGUUGACAAGGACACUGGAAGCGCACCAGAGCCUCGUAAAGACUCUGUGACCGAUGUUGUGGCUCCCAAAGCACCCGCCACUCAAGCCCGACCAGAUGGAGCUCUGAUCACUGCAACAUCUAAGCGAGCCGUUGACGGCAACGACGUCGAGGUCACAUCAUGGCUGAACGCAACGAACGCUGUCGGAUGCCUCGAUGCAAUAGCACCAGAACAUCGUACACACUCUGUGACGAAUGUUGUGGCCUCGGAAACAUCAGCCACCCAAUCCAGACCGAACGAAGCUCUUGACGAUGCAGCACCUCAACCAGGAGGCGGCGGCGACGACGUCGUGGUGACAUCAUGGCUCACCAUGCAGGACGUAAGGGACGCUGUGGACCGCCUCCACGCCAAGGAUUUCGAUGGCUAUUUCAACAACGCGCUGAUAGACGUCACGCUACGCUUUCUCAACCCCAACCCUCAACUGUGGCACAUCGUGGAACCCGGUGCCUACACAUUCGAACUCCUCGACCGCCACCAGACUGGGAAGUAUCGGGGCGUCCAGGAAUCACAUCGAUACAUUGUCCUGCCUGUGUACUUCGCGAAGGCAUUGCACUGGGUCAUGGCAGUCUUGGACCUAGAGCUCGAAGAGUAUGACGUCUACGAGCCAACACAGGACGCAGAGACUUAUGCCAAGGCGGAGAGAGUAGUCGACGCCUUCAUCGGAUGCAUGUGCAGAUACAUAACCGGUACUGAUCACGCUGACAUUACGACUCCAAUCAAGAGUUGGAAGAAGCUGCGUAGAAAUACUCUGUUGCAGCAGCGCGACGCCUACAAUUGCGGCUUGUACGGUGUCAUCAACACAUUGUACCUUAUGUACACAGCAGAGCCUUGCACUAUGCUUGAACCGGCAGCCUGGCGAGAACUGCUAGCUGCCGGCUUUCGACCUCUCUUAACCGAGCAUCACGCAAGCAACCCUGUCGACCAGCCAACAGCGGCGCAAUCGGUCCAGAUCGAGAAUGAUCAUGACUUUGCUAACGUACAGAGCACGCUGGCCACACAGAUACGCCAGGUCAGAAACCAGCGACACUUCUGGCAAUCUGCUUCACAGAUGCUGGCACACCACGCCGGAAACGAGAUAGCACGGAUAACCAGCGAUCUGGAGAAACACGCGAGAGCCUUCGAAGCUCUCCAGGAUUGCCAUCGACGUUUCUGCGGCGUCUCCGAGGAAGUAGCAAACGACCUCGUGAAGCUUCAAGCGAAGGCGGGACCUAAUCUUCAGCGUCACCAGGACGUGGCUGCCGCGUACCGCUUCAAGACAGGCCUGCGCGUGCAUCUGCAGCGAGUGGAGCAGCAACUGCAAAAGACGCUCGAGCGGCUUUCGCAGACAAAGUCUGCGCUUCUGAAGUACUCGAGGAAGCGAGAGGAGCAGUGGCAUCUGAGCUGUGAACAAGUGCUCGACGUAGUGGUUCCAACAUAGCAAUCGGGUGGAGAGCCUUGCUUUAUUUAACCUUGCAUUAUUUAACCUAUAUUUAUAUUGACUAUUACUGUACGGUGCGAAGGGCAGGAAGUUAGCUGUAAAGUCAGCUAUCACGUGUGGAGACUCGAGCGAGUCGGCAAGCAGUGGACUUCCUCCCGACUAAACUUUCGACAGCUUUCAGAGUGAGCAACAAUACCUAGGGGACUCAGCUUUAACGGCAUUUGUUAUUCACUUCGUGGCGCUCUUUCCUCCAGUGAGCGUGCUGCGUGUGUGUGUGCCACGCCGCCUCGGGUGAUCCUGAUGGACCAGUUCUUGCGUCUUGGUCUUGUCACCUCACGCCCAAAGUUUAGCUACUAUGUGGCUUGGUAGGACACAGCACUUUCUAGGCUUCGACAAGGCACCUUUCAGCCUUCGACACAACGCCAGCUCGACGGAGGAGACUGACUGGACGCUAUCCGUCAUGCCCUGCCAUCUGAGACUGCGGCUACAGGAG